GUCUAUGCCAGCACGGUCGGGCGGCACAUGGAUCUCAAUGACAGUAAGAAAGUCUACAAGUUCCACAAGAACGUCUUAAUCCACAAUUUUGGCCUCCAGGCACCUAACGUGUGCAGAAAGACUAUCACUGACUCUGGUGACCUGCUAGCACUCCUAUCCUUCAACAUCGCCUAUGACUACCGCGUCUUCCCUAGCGAACGCCAGCGGCUCAACGUCGCAGCUUGCUAUUUCAUCCUAGCCUAUACGGGAUGCCAGCCAGCCGAGGUUGUCGAUGGCGACAAGAAUAGACCUUGGGACGGAUCCUGGGAGGAGCUCUUCAGCUCUAAAGCCAUCCUGCCGUUACUCCAGAAACCCCCGGAAGACGAUGCAUACGCCAAGGAGCUCACGAAGUUGCUGGAACGCGAGACGACCCAUCGUAGCUGCCCUAGGGCUCUCUGCUACGAAGAUAUCCAGACUAUCUUCUUCUUCAUGCAGACUAAAAGGCUGAUCUUCUGCCUUGUCACUCUUGUCGCCAGCAUUGCGAUCCUGGACGACGCCUUCGAUUUUCCGACCCUGACCAGCGUCGAGGCCGUCUUCAGAGCCAGAAACUGUAGUCCGGUCACAUGCACACCCCUCCGAUGGAAGAAGGAGUGGCUGAAGCGGCCCGUGUUCCAGUGGUGCGAUGGCGACCCAGACUCCCCUCUUCUAUACUGUACCCUUCACGACUAUAUAGGCAACCAGUCGCUCGACAUGGGCUACGAGAAGCACAUCGGCCCCAAGGACUGGCGGAGGAAUGUGGGUAACACAGUUAACGGCUAUGCGUCCGGCGCCAUGCGCCACCAGAUUAUGCGCCACAACUCCCACUUAAAGGUUUUCCAGGACGCCUACCUCAACUCCUUCGUCCAGUACGACGUGCUGAAUGCAGUGCUGAAUGAGCCCCUACAGACGAAACUGCUCAGCAUGUUGUCGCAUGUCGGCCACAUGCGCGACCCAUGCGCUAGUAGCGACAUGGUCCCCGACGAGGUGUGGACUAGCCUGCCACCAGAUCUAGAAAUCGUGGAGCUCGAGAAGAGGAGAGAGGCAUUGAAGGGUGGUAUGUUCGGCACCAAGGGCUGUCUGUACGAAAGAGAGGUCCAGCUGCUGACUGCCACGAGCGUGUCCAUGCAAGCCAGGAGGAAGAAGGCAGUCAAGUUGUUAUACCGGAAGUACUAUUUCCACAACCAUCCUAUCUGGGACCUGUUACGGCAGGCCAACGGUGAAGCACCCACCGAGCACGACAAACCCGAGAUAGACCUCCAGCUCGCUGAUCGCGCCGCCCUGGCUGAGCUUCUCUAUGAUCAACCCGAUGGCCUGAGCCCCGAGAAGCUCCACUGGCAUUGCAUCAUGGUCGGCACGCACAUGGUCAGGCUGGGCCAGUUGAAAGAGCGGAUCAGGCCCGACAUCGAGCACAAGAAGGUGAUGCCCAACAGUGCAGCGCGGCACGAGCCCUGCCGCGACAAGGCCCUGUUCCCGAGUUCGAAGAUGGCUCCACCCAGGGAGCUGCGUCUGCAUCCUCGUCCUCUUCUUGGCCCUAUGCUCACGUCGAUGCCUUCUAACUCGGAUGGCAGCCUCACGUUGAGUCUUGCUCUCAGCGACGACUCCGCCAUCAUGCAAAUCUCUGCUUCCAGCCUCGACUAUGGCCUCUUGCAGUGA